AUGACAUCGGUUUUCGCAAAGGAAUCCCUUUAUGCGAUGGAGCCGGAGGAGGUGUGGCAGAUGAGGGUUGACUAUAACGGGAGCAGCAAGGAGAUGGCGCUGAGAUGGUACCGCCCCCCUUUUCUACGAGGCAUCAUGAGGGCCACUAUUGACUUGUGUGCUGCUCUCAGUGAGGCCUCUGACACCGCCGGAAGCAGCAGUGGUAGCGAGGGCGGCAGCAGCAGCGGCAGCAGCAGCAGCAGCAGCAGCGGCAGCGGUGUGACGGACCCAGCAUCGACGUCGUUCGGGCAGCUGUUCAUUGGCUUCACCAGUGCUGCUCUCCCUCCUCCCUCCGGCCGCCUGCCUUCCCCCGUCACCCUCUCCUCCUGGACCUUCAGAUUCACAGGCCUCUCCACUGCUGCCCUGUUGAACGUCCAUGUGCACCAAGGCACCUGCGCCCUGCCCCGGUUCUCCAGUGCUGCCCUGUGGAACGGGCGUGUGCAGCAAGGCGCCAGCCUCAUGGGGUGGGACACUGACCCCUGCACGGGUUCUCCAGUGCUGCCCUGUGGAGCGGGCGUGUGCACCAAGGCACCUGCCCCAUGGGACCCGUCUAUUCUCGUGCCCUCCUGCAAGUGCCCCUUCAACCUCCCCUCCUUCGAACCCUCUCACCUCUCCGGCCUGCCCUCCUGCUUCCCCGGUGAGUCGUGGAGUGCGGUAAGUGAUAGGUGGAGUGCGGUAAGUGAUAGGUGGAGUGCGGUAAGUGAGAGGUGGAGUGCGGUAAGUGAGAGGUGGAGUGCGGUACGCAAGGUGCCUGCCCCAUGGAACCCCUCUAUCCUCGUGCCCUCCUGCAAGUGCCCCUUCAAUCUCCCCUCCUUCGAGCCCUCGCACCUCUCCGGCUUGCCCUCCUUCCCCGGUGAGUCAUGGAGUGCAUUUGGCAAGCGGUGGAGUGCGGUAGGUGAGACUUGGAGUGCGGUGGGUGAUAGGUGGAUUGCCGUAGGUGAGACUUGGAGUGCGGUAGGUGAUAGGUGGAGUGCCGUAGGUGAGACUUGGAGUGCAGUGGGUGAGAAUUGGAGUGCUGUAGAUUCCUUCAGGUGUCGCCAUUUCCUUCGCAACCCAUGUGCCCCGGGGGUGUGCAUUGAUGACAUAGACGGCACCUAUUCCUGCCUCUGCCCCUCGCCCUUCUUCCCCUUCUACUUCUACCCGAAAGGCAACGCCCGUUGUUACCAGUUGCGAUCGUUUGAGCUGCGAAUGCCCACCUUCCUGUCUCCCUACGGCCUCACAUGCCCUCUCAUCCUCAACACCUACGGACUCACCCAAGCGGCCUUCUUCAGGCAGAACAAGGGCUUCCAGUGCCGAGCGCCCAUCCCUGUGGAAACUCUAAUCAACGUCACCAGCCGGGCUUACUCCCAAUGCACCUCCAUGUACACUGCUAAUUAUGGUGACUCGUGUGACUCCCUCAACGCCCUCUUCUCCACGCGCAUUCAGUCGCUCAACCCCGCCCUCAGCUGCUCUGAUGGGCCCCGGCCCGGCCAGGCUUUCACACAUUCCUCUCCCCCCUCCUCCCCUCUCUCCCCCCUCCUACCCUCUCUCUCCGCUCCUCUCUCCCCCAUCCUCCUCCCUCCUCCUCUCGCCCUCCUCCUCCUCCAUCCUCCUCUCUCCCCCCUCCUCCUCCCUCCUCCUCUCUCCUCCCUCCUCCCUCCUCUCUCCCCGCUCCUCCUCCCUCUAUCCUCCCUCCCUCCUCCCCCGCAGCUUCUCUGUGUUGACUUCAAUCGGACGUGGCAUGCCAAUGUAGAACUCAAAAUCCACAAAUAUGGGCGCGUAUUCACACAUCCUCUCCCCCCCCUCUCCCCACUCUCCCCCUUCUCCCCUCUCUCCCCCAUUCUCCCCUCUCUCCCCCCUUCUCCCCCCUCUUCCCCCUCUCUCCUCUCUCCCCCUUCUCCCCUCUCCCCCCUUCUCCCCCCUCUCCCCUCUCUCCCCCUUCUCCCCUCCCCCCCUCUUCUUCCCUCUCUCCCCCUUCUCCCCUCUCUCCCCCCUUCUCCCCCAUCUCCCCCUUCUCCCCUCUCUCCCCCUUCUCCCCUCUCUCCCCCCUUCUCCCGUCUCCCCCCCUUCUCCCUCCCCUACAGCUCCUCUGUGUAA